UCUUCUGACUUCUAUGAUCAAGAAUCGUUUUCGUUGAAUGAACUGAUUGCUUGGAGCUUGGAGUUGAUUUAAUAAAAAUUCACAAAUAUUUAUAGGGAAAAGGGUUGAAAUACCAUUUGAAGAGUCUUAUUUUUAUGUUAACAGAAUUCAGUGAAAUACAGGAUGCGUCGUAAAAGCAACAGAAAUUCUGCAAAAUCAACACCAGAAGCUAAACCCGAAACUCGUAAAUCAACCAGAAGCACACGCCGACGUAAAUCACCUUCGGUGGAAUCGGAAGAAUGUCCAGCUUCAAAUGUUGAUGACAGCAUUAAUGAUAACAACACCGAAAAAUUGAAAGAUUUAACCUCAGAUAUAUCAAAAGAAAGCAUAAACGUACAAAAUAUUAGUGCAGCAUCAGCCGACGAUGAAAUUAAGAGUGAUGAUGAAAAGGGGGGUCAUACCCCACCGCAUGUUCAAUCCACAGGUAAUGAAGCACCAAAGAAAGACGAAGUUGACGCUGAUAAAGGUAAGUCUAAAGGUAUAAGUAACUCACAAGUUGAGGAGAAUUCUGAAAUUCAAAUGAACAGUGUCACCACCGGCAGUCCUGAUGAAGCAAUUAAAAAUGAGGUUAAUCCUGAUGUAGUAAAUAUUUCUGUAGAAGGAAAAGUUGAAAUAAUUGAAAAGCAAAACGUUGAUUCAGAAAUCAAGAGUGAUAUUAUUUCGAAUGACAAAAUAGCUGAUGAGAAAACAGAGAGUCAAGAUAAAAAAGAAGAAAGUUCAGAAAAAAGUGAUGUGAUAUCUUGUGUAGAAACUGAAAGUGAUGAAAAAAAAUCUUCGUCUGAAAUUAAAGACAGUGAGAAUGUGAAGAGUGAAAGUGAUAAGAAAGAAACAGAAACUGAACAUUCUAAUAAUAAUAUAGAAGUGGACGAUGAUCAGGCAGAAGAAGGAGAAAUUCGUGAAUCGAAAUCUGAUGAAGAGAAUGAAAAAUACAGUAAAGAAUCGCCUAUCAAAGCUAAGAAGACACCUAUGAAAAUCAAAUUAAGAAGAGGGAGCUUUUUAGAUUCAAUUGAAAGAUUGAGUGAAACAGAUAAUAAACCUGCUAAAAGAGUGAAAUGGGAUUCUGAAUCACAUAGAUGUCUCAAAUUAUCUUUUCAUGAUCUGCCCAGAUUAGAGAUUGAGGAUUUCAAGGCACUUUCUUCAGAUUUAAAGCUGGCUGCAGAAUCUGAAGUUAAAUUGGAGGAAAUAUACCAACCAAAGGUGAUCAAAGAACGUGUAAAGUCAAUGGAUACAAGUAGUGAAGAAGUAGAAUGCCCAGUGCAUUUGAGACAGCUUUCAACAGCUUCUUCUGAUGAUCAAGAAAGUACAAACAUAAUAGCACUUAACAGAAAAAUCAGUAUCGUUGAUGAUAGUGCGAGUAAACUAAAACCACCGCCUAGUCCAGCCAAACAACCUGUUUCUCAGAUUCUGUUUAUAUCAAAUCUAGUUAGACCCUUUACACUCAAACAGCUGAAAGAACUAUUAGAAAGAACAGGGACUAUCAAAGAAGGAGGAUUUUGGACAGACCGCAUAAAAUCCAAAUGUUAUGUUUGGUACAAUUCAAUAGAAGAGGCUGAAGCUACAAGAAACGCUCUACAUGGUGUUAACUGGCCUGUGGGUAAUGGCAAGAAACUGAUUAUCGACUAUGCUACAGAGGAACAGAUGGAGAAAGAAAAAAACCCACCAGUCCAGCCUAUUCCACCACCAGUUCAAAUUACACCACCAAGGGCUAAAACCCCUCAGAAGGAGAAUACGGAACCUACAUAUGACCAGAGGAAUGGAGAAAGGAGAGAGGAAAGGAAAAGGAAGGAUAGCGAGAGGGAAAAGGAGAGAGUGAAACCUGUAUCUACAAGAGAAUGGGAUCUUGGCAAAGAGAGUAAUAAGGAAAGGAUACGUUCAAGAAGUAGAGACAGAAGGAGGAAGCAUAGUGGCAAAAGGUCCCCCACACCUUUAGAAGAUUUCAUUGCAAGAAAGCAGAAAAAAUUAGAAGAAUCAGUACCUUUGAAACUUAUGGAUGAUUUAUUUCAAAGAACAAAAGCAAUGCCCUGUAUAUAUUGGCAGCCACUCUCUCCAGAAGAAAUCUCUGUGAAGCAGCAGCAGCGUCUGUCCAGAAUGGAAGAACACAAAAGGCGUUUGGAAGAGAACUCGCGUAACAGGGGCGUCGGCGCUAGAGAUAGGGGGUCAUAUCGGAGACGUUAUGACUGAUCUGGUAUUUUCAGGAAUUUUUCCUUGAUUGUAUGAUAGUGAUGUGUAUUUGCGUACCUUAACCAAUUCCCUAGGUGAAAUUUUAUUUAAUCUCCCAAAAAAACAAUUCUUCAACCCACCUUAGGCAUAGAAUUCCUUUUCCUUUGAUAAAGUCGUUCCUUUUCUCGGUGUGUGAGUGCGUCCAAUUGCAUAACCGUUUUCCCGCCAGGUAUCUAAUCCUAAUUAGCGUCGGUAGUUUCGUGACACUUCCUUGAUAUUACCCUGCACUGGUAGUUUCAAAAUUUUCCUCUCGUAUUCUUCCCUUAACGCCCGCCUUCCAUUUAGUUUUUAUCCCACCGUGUGUGCUUGCGAUUGAGUGGUAAUGGUGAUAUUUUUAGGAAUUUCAGGCAGGAAUUCGUCAUGUACAGAGACGUGGGAUUUUUUUUGUUUCAGAAAGGAAAUAUUACGUUGUUUUUCGUGUUUAUGAAAACUGCAAUUUUUUCAAUAAAAUUUUAUUCACAUUUUUGCAAACUUGUUUCGUUACAAAAAGAAAAUAUUGAAUAGACUUUCAUACUAUAUAAGCUUAAAUUUAAGGGUGGAUAUCCAAGAAAGAAAAGUUUUUUGAUAAGAAGUUGACUUGUUCCGUUUAUUUAGAUAUUUCCAAUAUAGAGUUUGAACU